GCUUCAUUCUGAGCCGAGCCCGGUGCCGAGCGCUGGAAGCUCAGCAGGCGGCGGCAGCGGCGGCCUGAGUUCCAGGGCAGCCUGCUCCCUCCAGGUUUCUCCUUCCUUCCCCGCGGCCAGCAUGAAAGCCUUCAGUCCAGUGAGGUCCGUUAGGAAAAACAGCCUUUCGGACCACAGCCUGGGCAUCUCCCGGAGCAAAACCCCGGUGGACGACCCGAUGAGCCUGCUGUACAACAUGAACGACUGCUACUCCAAGCUCAAGGAGCUGGUGCCCAGCAUCCCCCAGAACAAGAAGGUGAGCAAGAUGGAAAUCCUGCAGCACGUCAUCGACUACAUCUUGGACCUGCAGAUCGCCCUGGACUCGCACCCCACUAUUGUCAGCCUGCACCACCAGCGACCCGGGCAGAGUCAGGCGUCCAGGACGCCGCUGACCACCCUAAACACGGACAUCAGCAUCCUGUCCUUGCAGGCUUCUGAAUUCCCUUCUGAGUUCAUGUCAAACGACAGCAAAGCACUCUGUGGCUGAAUAAACGGUGUUCAUGACUUUUUCCCCCCCCUUUGCACAACAACAAAUCCACAAGAACUUAUUUUUCAACCAUUUCGCAAGGCGGACAACAAGUUGAAUGGACCUUUUUAAAAAAUGGAAGCAAAACUAAGAAGGAUCAGAUCAUCCUUCCCAGGGUGUCUCUGACCUGGACUGUGAUAGUAGCUAUUUAUGAAAAAGACUCUUAAUGCCCUUUCUGCAGUUGGAAGGUUUUCUUUAUAUACUAUUCCCACCAUGGGGAGCGAAAAACGUUAAAAAUCACAAGGAAUUGCCCAAUUGAAGCAGACUUUGCCUUUUUUCAAAGGUGGAGCGUGAAUAUCAGAAGGAUCCAGUAUUCAGUUACUUAAAUGAAGUCUUUCUGUCAGAAAUUACCUUUUUGACGCAAGCCUACUGAAUGCUGUGUAUAUAUUUAUAUAUAAAUAUAUAUAUAUUGAGUGAAACCUUGUGAACUCUUUAAUUAGAGUUUUCUUGUACAGUGGCAGAGAUGGUCUAUUUCUGCAUACAAAGUGUAAUGAUGUACUUAUUCAUGCUAAACUUUUUAUAAAAGUUUAGUUGUAAACUUAACCUUUUAUACAAAAUAAAUCAAGUGUGUGUAUUGAAUGGUGAUUGCUUGCUUUAUUUCAGACGACCAGCGCUUUGAUUUUUAUCAUGCUAUGUUAUAACUGAACCCGAAUCAAUACCAGUUCAAAUCUAUGUAGACUGUGUAAGAUUAUAAUAAAACAUGUCUG